AUGCAAAAGUCUCGGGCCAUCAACUCUGCCCUGGGGUCGCGGGCUUUUGCCCCCACCCCACGGGUCACCGUCAUGAUCCAGCGCCGUUUCCUCCAGGACGUUGCCAUCUCUCGCACCGGACGUCCUAUCUUGAAGGUCCAGGGUGGCCGCUCUUCCCUCGGAGGCCACACCGCGACCGUCUUUGGUGCUACCGGUUUCCUGGGUCGCUACCUUGUCAACAACCUUGCUAAGCAGGGAUGCAACGUCGUUAUUCCGUACCGUGAGGAGAUGAUGAAGCGCCACUUGAAGGUCACUGGUGAUCUCGGACGUAUCACUUUCAUGGAAUAUGAUCUGCGCAACACUCAGUCCAUCGAGGAGAGCGUUCGUCACUCCGACGUUGUUUACAACCUGACUGGUCGCCAGUACCCGACCAAGAACUUCUCCUUGACCGACGUUCACGUGGAUGGUGCUGAGCGCAUCGCCGAGGCCGUUGCUAAGUACGACGUGGACCGCUUCAUCCACGUCUCUUCGUACAACGCCCGCCGCGAUUCUCCCUCCGAGUUCUUCGCUACCAAGGCCUGGGGUGAGGAAGUCGUUCGUUCCAUCUACCCCGAGACCACCAUUGUGCGUCCCGCCCCGAUGUUCGGUUUCGAGGACAACCUCCUUCACAAGCUCGCCGGAACCAGCCCCUUGCUCCACUCCAACAACCUUCAAGAGCGCUUCUGGCCUGUUCACGCUCCCGAUGUUGCUCGCGCCCUGGAGCGCAUGCUGCACGACGAGAGCACCGUCGGUCAGACCUUUGAGCUCUACGGCCCCAAGGAGUACUCGAGUGCGGAGAUCGCCGAGCUUGUCGACACCGAGAUUGUCAAGGAGCGCACCCGCAUCAACGUUCCCAAGAGGCUCCUCAAGCCGCUCGCCUUCUACCUCAACAAGUACCUCUGGUGGCACACCAUGUCCGCUGACGAGAUUGAGCGUGAGCACAUCGACCAGGUUAUUGACGCCGAGGCUAAGACCUUCGCGGAUCUGGGCAUGACCGAGUUGGCCGAUCUGGCCGAUCUGACCUUCCACUACCUGAAAAGAUACCGCAGCUCAUCUUACUACGAUCUUCCCCCGAUGACGGAGAAGGAGCGUCGCGAGGACAGGAAGUACCUGCAUGUGCUGGACGACCAGUAG